AUGGGAAGUAGCUUGGCGGGUCGAUCCUCGAGCGACACCGUUGCGGCGAUUAAACAAGAGCUGAUGCUUGCGCCGAGGGCAAACAAUGUCAUCUUUAGCAAGUCAUCCGAGAUUGACUCCAGUAUUGAAGAUUUUCCGCUCUUUAAAAUCAGUGAAAAGGGGCCGAAUGGCACAACGAUCGGCACCGAAAUCAUCUGCCAGAAAUGCUACGUCAAAGGUCAUGCAUCGGCCACGAUGACAGCGAAAGGUGACUUCAAUAUCACAACUGCGGCUACCAGCAUCAAAGCCUCCGUCAAUAGCACUUUGCAUCAGAUCGCCGACUACGCGUCCAAUGUUGUCCACGAUAUGAAGGUGUAUAUCGCUGAUAAUGCAAACGUGUUAAUUGAAGAUGUGACUCACCUGAAAAGCCUCGACAAUCUUCAGGGAUUUCGACUUAACCCUCCCGGCAUCACCUUGGACGUCGACGUCGGCAAGCUUGAUGACGUGUUGCUCGAAGUGGUGUUUACAGAGAUCGAACUUUAUGUCGAACUAUCUAUCCUGUUUUCAGCCGGAACUACAUACACUCUGAACCUAUAUACUUCCUCUGAGCUGGGAUACGAAGUUGGUCGAGUGUUCGUCGGCUUCGUCGCCACAAUUGACCUCAUCCUCAGCGUCGAGUCCCAGAUUGAACUGGACAGUGGCUUCCACAUCAAAUUUGACAAGCAAAUGGCCAUGAAGCUCGCUUUAUUCUCCGAGGAAACCUCGCACCUUGAAUUUCAUGGCGGGCGAUUUGAGUUUCUGCCCGUCACCGUUGCCACAGCGGGCGCCGUCCUCCACGCGGUCCUUCGAAUCGGCAUCAAAAGCGGUUUCAGCCUGAGCGCCGGCUUCGGGCCGGAGGUGCAGUUAUUCAACCAGACUGGCCAUCUCCAGCUCGGAGCGGGUAUCCAGGCCAGUGCCUAUGCGAAUGCCGCCGAAUUUAUCACCAACAUUACAUUUGCCGGCAGCGACCUGAGUUCGUCUGUCAAAGAGCGCGGUGAUGAUGCUUGUCAUCUGAUGCUUCAACAAGGUUACCAGAUGGCCAUCGGCGCGGCUGCAGGCGCCUCCGUGGAGCUCCUGGACAAUGUCUGGGGUCCUACACCAAAGACAGAGAUUCCAAUCUUUUACACAGCUCUUUCUACAGGUUGCGCGGCAACGAGAGCUGCCGCUGCCGAAAUACAGCAAUCCGCGUCGCUGGCGACCAGGGCCAAUAAUGGAGAUGGCAGCUCCACCAUCACGACCACUGCCACAGCGGUUACGCAUAUAGCACUGCAGUGCUUGUCGGUCGGCAUGACAAACUGUCCAGCGUCGCUGAAGUCGCGCGUCACAAGCGUCGUGUCGACGACACUGACAGCAACGGCUCGGUCGGGCGAGAGCGUCAUCUGGUCAGCGGUUGCGGCGCAGACUAAACCGGCUAAGCCGGUUGUCUUUGGCGCCAAUGCACUGACAAUGACUGCAUCAUCGGGGAAACCGUCAUCGUAUGUACCACCCGCGCCGACGACCACUCUCGGCGACAAAGGCGACAAAGGCGGCGGGAAAGACGGCGAGAGCAUCAAGGGCUCCGUGGUCGGUACGAACAAGGUCAUUAUUGGCGUGUGCGUCGGUCUUGGGGUGCCUUUGCUGGCGGCAGUUAUUGCAGCAAUCAUCUUUGCAAAAACUCGCAACCGGAAGAGGUAUGAUAGCGUACCUCGCGUCACUAUGGAAGCAACAGACGCGGAGCAUGAGGGUGGAUCGGCAGCCAUUGCACCGAGCUUGACUAAACACUCCCAAAGCUUCUCUGCCCACACUUAUACGCCUGUCAACCGUUAA